UAAACCGGUACGUGCAAAAAAAUUCCUUAGUUGGAAAAGAUCCGUACCUGCUGAAAAUGGAUCACAAUACACUCCCUGAAUGCGUGACAUAUGAAUCGAUUAUAGAAUACGCACUUCAUAAGAAAUCGUCAUAUACUGGAGAAAGCAUGCACUGUUUCAAAGCGGUAGAAGCAAAGCAACGUUUCGAAAGCGGCAUGGUGAAACUGGUAGAAGGAACAAUACAGGGAGGUGAACAUGUCAUUCGAGGAAAGGUGAUGCAUUCAAUGAGCAUGAAUGAGCCAAAUUUGAAUCCGUGGAUUAUCAUCAAGGCACAUGAAAUCGUGAGUGCACAUUGUGAUUGCACGGCCGGAAUAGGGGAAGUCUGUUGUCACGUCGGUGCAAUUCUGUACUAUCUUACAAAAAUACAUCACUCUUCGUUGGCUAAGCAAGCUUGUGAAACAUCUGUCACCGAUGUGGAGCAGCAAUGGGGCAGGCCGAAAAAGACGUUGCGUGAAAACUUGCAGCAGCCGGUUGAAGACAUGGACUUUGGUUAUAAUCUAAACAGCACAGAUGCAGCAUACGGCAAUGUACCUACUUUUGACUUUGUUUCUAUCAACAGUAUGCUUCAAGAGCUUAACCAAGCCGAUGUUCAGUGUACUGCCAUGCAAAUGUUCUGCACAAGCGACAUCAAAUGCUAUAGAUGCCACCAAAAGGAAAAUGACGAUGAAGCUGAAACGAGCCUGUUACUGAACGGGUUGUACCUCGAAUCUUAUCUGGAUCAGCCUAUCGAACGACUAAGGUUCUACGCUAUUCAGAUACAUAGCAAACUGCUCGACCUGAUGACCGAAGAAGCUCAAACACAUAUAGAAAUUAAAACAAGAGGACAAUGUAAGUGCGACACGUGGAAGACUUUUAGGAUUGGCAGAAUAACAGCAUCUAUUUUGAAAAAAGUAGUGUCGACCAAUAUUAAUACUCCAUCGAUGUCGCUCUUGAAAACGAUUUGCUACCCUGACACGGCGUAUUUUACUACACAAGCAACAACGUACGGAAAAAAUAUGGAAAAGGUUGCUCUAAGAAUACUGUCCGUAUAUCUAACGAAAACUCAUGGCCAAGCAUCUGUUGUUGAAACAGGGUUAAUUAUAAGCCGACAACACCCUGAGGUAGCAGCAUCUCCAGACGGGCUUUUGUUAUGUGCUUGCUGCAAGAAAGUUCCCCUCGAGAUAAAAUGCCCUUUUAAAUUCAAAGACGAAACAGACGUUCUCCUGAAACUUACCCGAAAGCCGCAACCUUACUUAAGAAAAACAUCUGAGGGAUUCGAGCUGAUCGAAUCACAUGACAAUUAUGCUCAGGUGCAAGCUCAGAUCGCUUUGACCGAAGCCAAUUUCGGUUAUUUUUACGUUUGGACCAAGCAUGAAGAUGUGCUCAUCAAAGUACCCAAAGAUGAGGAAUAUUGGAAUGAAGUCGUUACCAAAGCGAAUACAUUUUUCAUAGCAGUGAUUUUGCCUGAGCUACUAGGUAAAUAUUACACAAGAGAACGAAAAUAAUGGUGUUUUUAACAAUGUUCAUAUUGAAUAAAAUAAACCGUGUUUUACU